UAACUGCGUGACAUUAAGUGUGGCAGCUGCGUGGUUAGAGGCUCACGUCUCUGUGUGCCGACCCACAGCAGCGAAGCUAACCUUACCGCGCAAGCUAACGUUGUCCGUAUGCUAGCCAGGACCGCGGACAAGCCACGCUGCGCGCCGCCAGAUGCGGACUGUCUGGUCGCCUUAGCUCACAAGUCCCCGGGGGGUUACCACAGGCGGCCUGAGGCGACACGUCCUGACGGCGGGGCGGCUUGACACGAGGCUGGAUUUGACAGCCGUCGCUAUCGAUGAUGCAACAUGGCAGUGAUCCAAGAAGUUCCACUGCAGGAUUACCUACCCACCAACAGGUGUCAGCUGGAUGCUGCAGGCAAGUGCCCCCAUCAGUGAGACGAGCAUUGUAAAGGGGGAGUUCCCCUGCCCAGACAAACUCCUCUCCAGCUAGUCAGUCAUUUGCUGAGUUGAUGCACUGAAGUCUGGACGGAAAGUGUUUGAAGGAGCCUUUGCUCCUCAAGUGAGCUUCACGCGGUGACACCAACCCCAUCCCCGUACCCGGUAUUUGGUUGUCUCCGAGCCCCACACCACCAGUAGUAAUAUGAGCCAUGGACUCUGGGGCAGUUGACAGUCCAGUCACCUUGGUUAUCAAGGCUCCCAACCAGAAGUAUGAUGACCAGACCAUUAACUGCUUCCUCAACUGGACCGUGGAGCGGCUGAAGAGCCACAUCUCUAAUGUCUACCCCAGCAAGCCGUCAUCCAAAGACCAGAGAUUGGUGUAUUCUGGACAGCUCCUCCAAGACCACCUGCAGCUCCGCGAUGUGCUCAGAAGACAGGAUGAGUACCACAUGAUGCACCUGGUGUGUGCGUCCCGGACCCCCCCCAGCUCACCCAGGACACGCGGCCCGACCUUGGCUAGCUCCUCAUCCCACCCGGCCUCCGGCUCCAGCUCUGCUAGUUCGGAUGGUGCCAGCUCCUCCUUCGCUGCCACAACAGCAAAUCAAGACAGUCAGCCAGCCACCAGCUCUCCUUCUUCCUCCAUACCAGGAAGUUACGAUGGGCUGAGGUAUCGUGGUGGCCUCCACCAAGACAAUCCUCACAACCCCGUCCCUGCUGGUGUCACACAGUGGCCAGGCAUGAACCAGAUCCCUCUGCAAGGAGGUUUGGCUGCCAAUGCGCCCCCCCACCCCAUGUUCAUGCCCAUGCAGAUGGUGUGGUGGCAUCAGAUGUAUGCUCGCCACUACUACAUGCAAUACCAAGCAGCAGUGGCAGCUUCUCACCCCUCCACUGCCUCUCUCUCCUCCACUCCUGGGCCAUCCUCCUCCUCUUCCUCGCCCCCACAGCCCGCCCAGGCUAAUGAAGCUGUGCAGCCCCCACUGGGACCCAAUAGGGCCCCUGACCCCCUACCAGAGAACCCACCAGCCAACCCCAACAUCCAGAUGAAUGCACAGGGCGGGGCAGUGUUGAAUGAGGACGAGCUGAACCGUGAUUGGUUGGACUGGCUGUACACGGUGUCACGCGCCUGUGUCCUUCUCAGCAUUGUGUACUUCUACUCUUCCUUCAGCCGCUUUGUGAUGGUGGUGGGCGCAAUGCUGCUGGUCUACCUUCACCAGGCUGGCUGGUUCCCAUUCAGACCUGAGCAGCAGAACCCUGGCAGAGGAGGAAGGGAUGUGGCUCCCCAGGGAGAGGCAGAGAGGAACCAGGAUAUACAGGAAAUGGAGCGGCUGAUGGAUGAUGGCCUGGAGGAGGAGGACAGCGGGGAAGAGGGAGGGGGUGGCGUAGAGGACCAGGCCCAGGCCGCUGCUGCCCUCCAACAGCCGGGCUUCCUCACAUCCGCCUGGUCCUUUGUCAGCACCUUCUUCACCUCCCUCAUCCCUGAGGGACAGGGACGUCCUCACCCCGCCAACUAGACCUACUCCCCUUCAACUCUCCACCCCAGGCCUCCAGUACUCCCACCCCUCAAUUCCCUCACUGCCCACCAGAGUGGCUCCUAAAGCCCCAGCCACCCAACUAUACAGCUCCCAAUCGCUGCCAACUAGCAGACCUAACAUCCACAUACACGGGCUGCCCUGCAGUUAUUGUGGAGAUGCUGUGUGUGUGCGUGUGUGUUCGGAACGAGGCAAAUGUAAGAUAAAUUAAGACAUGUAGAGAAAAACAAAACCAUCAUGCCAUGUGGUGUUAAUGAAGCUAACGCUUCAGCAGAAAGAGACUGUUCUCUUCUUUUCAUCCAUUUUGUGAACUCAUUCAGGUGCAGCAGAUAACACUAAUGAGACUCCUCUGUGAGGGAGACAUCUUCCAUUUUUAACCAGUGAUAAGGUCAUGGUAUAUAACUUCUCAGCAUGACGGAUGUGGCCAGAAAUGUAUUUAAAAUGAAUAAUGAAAUAUUAUUAGACAGUGGUAAUGCCUCCAAAGUGGAACGAAAACAUGGGGAGCCAAAUCCCAAAUGAUGUUAAUUUCAUGCAUAGCAGAGAGGUGCAUAUACACCGAUCAGCCAAAACAUUAAAACCACCUGCCCAGUACUGUGUAGGUCCCCCUCGUCCCACCAAAAUGGCUCUGACCCAUCGAGGCAUGGACUCCACAAGACCUCUGAAGGUGUCCUCUGGUAUCUGGCACCAAGACGUUAGCAGCAGAUCCUUGAAGUCCUAUAAGCUGCAAGGUGGCACCGCCGUGGAUCAGACUGGUUUUUCCAGCACAUCCCACAGAUGCUCGGUUGAGAGCUGGGGAAUUUGGAGGCCAAGGCAACACCUUGAACCCUUCAUCAUGUGCCUCAAACUAUUGCUGAACAAUGUGUGCAGUGUGGCAGGUGCAUUCCCCUGCUGAAAGAGGCCACUGCCGACUAGUUGAUGACUUAAUUGAUUAUGACUAAUGACUAUUGCAAACUGUUCUCUUCUCUCGCAUCUUUUCUCUGUCGCUGAAUGACGUCUUCUCCUUUCUCUUUUUCGGUGUGAAUGGUGUCAUGCGAGUCUCUCUUGUGUGCACUUGCAGUCGGUCCUCCUCCCAGGUCUUCGUGGUGAUGGUGGUCGCCACUUGGACGCUGCCUGCCAUUCCCCUCAUCACAUUUUCUUUUUAUAAAUCCAUAUAAUUUUUUUUUUACAUGGUGAUGCUGGUGGCGUGGCUUGGGUCCUGGGCUGUUCUGAUGGCGUCUGGACACUGCUUGGCAUCCUGCGCAUCAUAUUCUUCAUACAUUUUAUAAGUCCAUUAUAAUUGUGUUAUCCUCUUUCAGGGUUGUAUUGUGUAAAUUGUGUAAACACAACAUCAUGUCACGUUGUCUGUCUUGGAAGAGAGACCCUCCUCUGUUGCUCUCCCUGAGGUUUCUCCCUGUUAAAGGUUUGGUUUUUAGGGAGUUGCUCCUUAUCCGAUGAGAGGGUCUAAGGGCAGGAUGUUGUGUUGCUGUUAAGCCCACUGAGGCACAUUUGUAAUUUGUGAUAUUGGGCUACACAAAUAAAAUUGAUUUGACUUGAUUUGAAUACCGUUGCCAUGGAGGGGUGUAGCUGGUCUGCAGUAAUGUGUAGGUAGGUGGCACGUGUCAAAGUAACACCCACAUCAAUGCCAGGACCCAAGCUUUCCCAGCAGAACAUUGCCCAGAGCAUCACACUGCCUCCACCGGCUUGCCUUCUUCCCAUAAUGCAUCCUGCUGCCCUCUCUUCCCCAGGUAAACGACGCACACACACACCCGGCCGUCCACAUGAUGUAAAAGAAAAUGUGGUCCGUCGGACCAGGCCGCCACCUUCCACCGCCCCAUGGUCCAGUUCUGAUGCUCAUAUGCCCGUUGUAGGUGCUCUCAGUGGUGGACAGGGGUCCUCGUGGACACUGGCCAGCCUGCAGCUACACAGCCCCAUACACAGCAAGCUGAGACGCACCGUCUGUCUCAGUGAGACGCCUGUCUGUCAUAGGCAGCAUGAGCUUUCUCAGCAGUUUGAGCUACAGCAGCUGCUCUGUGGGAUCCGACCAGAUGGGCCACCGUCACCCCACACAGGGGUUUUCGUGUUUUGGCUGGUGGGUGUAGAUAUCGUAGAAACAGAAGCACAUUUAUCGUUUCCCCUUGGUGUAUGUGAGCAUUAUUUACGUAUGCAAGUAUAUACUUCUUUCAUUUCUGAACAGUUGCUCUUUUCAAAUAAAAGCCUUGU